CAGGUGCCGCCCACAGAACCCUGGAGGCGGAUCAGCUGUGUCCCACCUGUCCUUACUUCCUGCCCACGUCCGUCGAGGUCACCACACCUGUGGGCAUCCCGGCCAACCUCACCUGCGGCGUCAGGCAGCUCGGGGACAAGAAGGUGUCGUGGAUCAGGCGCCAGGACCUGCACGUGCUGACCACAGGUAACUUCACGUACACGACGGACACGAGGUUCCGCGCGCUGCACCUGCCCGGCUCGCCCUUCUGGAGCCUGGAGGUGGACCGGCCCGCCAUCACCGACUCCGGCCUCUACGAGUGCCAGGUGUCCACGCAGCCCAAGAUAUUCCGCCGCUUCAGGCUCAGCGUUGUGGUCCCCAGCGCGCGCAUCACCGGCUCGAGGGAGAUCUUCAUGAAGGCGGGCAGCGACAUCAACAUCACGUGCGUGGUGAAGGGCGCCAUCAGGGGAGCGCCCGUCACCUGGUACCACGUGCUGCCCCGCGACCCACCCAAGGAGGAGCUGGUGGAGAUCAACGCCGGGGGUCGGGGCGGCGUGCAGCUGGUGACGGACAAGAACUCAGGCACCAGCUGGCUCCUGGUCACCCACGCCACCUGGAGGGACGCCGGAAACUACACGUGCGCGCCCGUGCACGCCACGCCCGCCUCGGUGUCCGUCCACGUGCUUGACGAGGCUCCAGCCGAGCUCCAAAACGACCCCCAGCCGAGCCGGGCCCAGACGUCCACCCAAGGAACGCCAGGCCUCCCGCUGCUCCUGCUGGGGCUUCACCGUCUGCUGGGACGCGACAGGACGAGAACGUGGUGCCUCUGGGUUCUCCUGGCAGCCUGUCUAGGGUUCUCCAGCACCGUCAGGGGUACGAGUGGCCUUCAGGACAUCUCUCAGACUAGUAAGGAAGCCAAGGCAUUGUUGAAAGUCGCCGCGAGGGAGGAAGGUGGUUUGCGGAUAUCCUUUGCUUCUACACUUCCUCCUUUUCUCUCUUUGUAUCCUACACUUCAUUCUCGCCUUCCUCAUCCUUCGUCUGAUAUACUCCACCCUUCUCCUCAUCGUUGGAAUCCUACACAACCUCUUCCUUUUCUUCCUCUUCCUCCUCCUCCUCCUCCUCCUCCUCCUCUCGAAGGCACCAUGACAAACCACUCAGUUCCGACGCCCACGGCGGGGCAUGUGGGAAGCGAGGCGCGGGGGACGUAA